GUCUUUGCGAUUUCUCGAUUCCAACCCCGUCGCCCGUCGCCCGUUGCCCGUCGCCGUCCGUGUUGUCCAGCGCCAGUCCGAGUCCGAGUCCGAGUCCCGUCUCCGUUCCUGUCGCGUGCGCCGGAUCUUCAACACUCUAAAGCGGAUCCCGUCUCCGUCCCACUUGCGCCCACCUCAACCACCCUCACCACAGCGAGGUGCUUCCACCACCCAGAUCACCGACCACAAAAAGCAAUUCUCCGUCGUCGUUGCCCCGCAAAGCGCAAUCCUCCUAGCCCACCAUGCAGCCCACUCGCAUCCUCCAAGGUCUCAAGUACCGCAAGUUGCGCCUGACCACCAAGGACGUCAACAAGGGUUUCUACAAGGGUAACCGCACCGGUUCCAUGGGUACGCACACCAGCUACGGUACCUACAAGAUCGACUACACCAAGGUCCGCACCUAUGUGUGCCCGGACCUGACCGGUUUCAAGCUCACCCCCUUCGUCUCCAAGACCAUCCGCCCCGUCCACGACCAGUUCCCCGGCGACAAGCUCGGCCCCAAGAACCCCGCCACUUACCUUGCUCGCUGGAAGUCGGAGAACGGUCUCGACUAAACGGUCGUCAUUUUUUCAAGGAGGGAGGAGGAGGACAUUACGAUACCAGACCACGGCGAGGAAAUGGAGCGAGGCUCACUCAACUAUCAAACUACCAAACGCAAUAUAUACCCAAGUUCUGAUUACAUUCCGAAAGCCUGCCGACACAGACCCGUUCGAAGGACCACGAGCCACUCUCCACUGUACAUUAUAUGACCUGACCACCAGGAAUCAACCACCUAGCAGCUCCACUGUUCUGGGUCAUAUGUGAAAUUGGAACAUGUCCAGGUUCUCUGCCUUUGGAGUCGCCACGCUGCUACCUAGGCUGAUGGUCUCGACAUUCCUACCAUUGAGAUACAGCCUGAUAGCUAACCAUACGUAUUCAAAGAACACUCGCCUUCAGAGCUGCCUACGAUACAUCUCCCCUUUCGGAUUGGUUCUUUGAAUUUUGAUGUCACGAUGAUCUCGCCGUCACAUUUCUUUUCUUCUAGAAGAGACAAGGCCGAUUUAUAUGACUAUACCCAAAGGUGUCCAAUGGUCCCUGUCCGAGAUUCAAGGGGGUCUUGUUUCAGUUGUUAGAUUAUUGAGGGAGCGAGAUCGGGGAUUUUAAUAGGGUUAGGGCUUAGGUCACUCUUGUUGAUUGUUGCCUAACCUCUAUUUGCCCUUUGCCUGGUCGCCUUUGAGAAGGUGCGUUGUGUGCCUAGCAAUGAGGGGUAUUUCUACCUAGAGGUAGUUUCGCGGGUUUCUUCCUUUCCUUACCUUCAGUUACUUUAUUCUAAGCAACCACCGCCUCC